AAUAUUCAAAUAAAAACUUUGGCAGAUGAUGUGCGUGACAGAAUAACAAGCUUCAGAAAAUCAGGAGUGAAAAAAGAGAAACCUCUCAUUCAGCAUCCUAUUGACUCUCAACCUUCUAUAAGUGAAAUCCCACUUGCCCAGGCACUUGUUGAUGAGCGUUGCAUGAACUUAUCAGAAAAAGAAGUUAUGGAUCUCUUUGAAAAAAUGAUGGAAGACAUGAAUCUAAAUGAAGAACGUAAAGCUCCUUUAAGAGAUAAAGACUUGAGCACAAAACGUGAGAUGGUUGUCCAAUACAUUUCUGCAACUGCCAAAUCUGGUGGACUGAAAAACAGCAAGCAUGAAUGUACACUGUCCUCACAAGAAUAUAUUCAUGAAUUGCGAUCUGGAAUUUCAGAGGAAAAGCUUCUUAAUUGUUUAGAGUCUUUGAGAGUGUCUCUAACUAGCAAUCCAGUCAGCUGGGUUAACAAUUUUGGACAUGAAGGUCUUGGACUUAUGUUGGAUGCAUUGGAAAAGCUUCUGGACAAGAAACAGCAAGAAAGUAUUGAUAAGAAGAAUCAACAUAAACUUAUCCAGUGCCUCAAAGCAUUUAUGAACAACAAAUAUGGAUUGCAAAGGAUUCUGGGAGACGAAAGAGGUCUCUUGCUGUUAUCAAGAGCAAUUGACCCAAAGCAACCACAGAUGAUGACUGAAACAGUGAAACUGCUUUCUGCUCUCUGCAUUGUUGGGGAGGAAAAUAUUCUGGACAAGCUUUUAGGUGCUAUAACAACUGCUGCUGAAAGGCACAACAGGGAACGUUUUUCUCAGAUUGUUGAAGGACUGGAAAACCAUGAAAACUUACAACUGCAGGUAGCAUGUAUGCAGCUCAUCAAUGCCCUUGUCACAUCUCCAGAAGAUCUUGAUUUCAGGAUACACUUGAGAAAUGAGUUUUUACGUUGUGGCCUGAAGAAAAUAUUGCCUGGCUUGAAAGAUAAGGCUAAUGAAGAGCUUGAUAUUCAGCUGAAAGUGUUUGAUGAGAACAAAGAAGAUGACUUACUUGAACUGUCACAUCGUCUCAAUGAUAUCAGAGCUGAAAUGGAUGAUGUGAAUGAAGUAUUUCAUCUGCUGUAUAAUAUGUUGAAAGAUACUUCUUCUGAAAAUCACUUCUUGUCAAUUCUCCAACAUUUCCUUCUCAUCAGGAGUGAUUACUAUGUCCGACCUCAGUAUUACAAGAUAAUAGAAGACUGUGUAUCACAGAUAGUAUUGCACAGCAGUGGCAUGGACCCGGAUUUUAAAUGUAGAGGAAGAAUGGACGUGGAUUUUAGUCAUCUUAUUGAUGCAAGUGUGGACAAAGCUAAAGUAGAAGAGAGUGAAAAGAAAGCAGCAGAAUUUUCCAGAAGGUUAGAUGAAGAGUUCACAGCUCGACAAGAGGCACAAGUGGAGCUUCAGAAACGAGAAGAGAAAAUCAAAGAACUUGAAACAGAAAUCAAACAGCUACGAACCCAGGGUCCAGGCCUGACAGGUCAACUGACAGAAGUAGCACCAUUACCUGCAUCCCUACCAAGUGAGAAUGUGCCACCAUCUCCGGCACCUCCGCUACCUGGAGGAGCAAUACCUCCUCCACCGCCUCUGCUAGUUAGUGGAGGCGCACCUCCGCCUCCACCACCUCCACUGCCUGGUGGAGCAAUACCUCCUCCUCCUCCGCCACCUCCUCCGCUACCUGGUGGAGUAAUACCUCCGCCGCCACCUCCGCUGCCUGGUGGAGCAGUACCACCUCCUCCUCCUCCACCUCCUCCGCUGCCUGGUGGAGCAGUGCCACCUCCACCGCCUCCGCUGCCUGGUGGAGCAGUGCCACCUCCACCGCCUCCGCUGCCUGGUGGAGCGCCGCGGCUCCCGGUGGGACCACUGCCCCCUCCGCCGCCUCCGCUGCCUGGUGGAGCAGUACCACCUCCACCACCUCCGCUACCUGGUGGAGCAGUACCACCUCCUCCACCACCGCCUUUUGGUGGGCCUCCAAUGCCACCACCUCUUGGAGGCAUUCCUUUUGCUCCAUUUCCAGUGAUACCAGCAUUACCACAUGGGAUGAAGGAGAAGAAAAAGUAUAAGCUGGAAGUUGCAAUGAAGAGAAUCAACUGGUCGAAGAUUGAGCCUCAAGAGAUAGCAGAAAACAGCUUUUGGGUAAAAGCUGAAGAAGAUAAAUUUGAAAACCCGGAACUGUUUGCAAAAUUAGCGCUUACCUUUGGAACACAAAUGAAAG